CUUCAACAAUCCUUUAAAAGGCACACUACUUCCAGACCCCGCAUGCUCUUUCUCUUCCGCUCACUUCGCGUAUCCAUCCCCCUCUCCAAAAUCUCCCAAUUCCCAAAACCAAAACUCCACAAAUACACCACCAUGGCACCAUGUAAGCACCCCUCCUCCUCCCACCCCUCCCAAAAUCCCCUCUAACAAACCCAGUACCCCCCGACACACGCCCAAUAAUCAUCUCGGGCCCCUCAGGCGUCGGCAAAGGCACACUCUACAAACUCCUCCUCGACCGUCACCCCUCCGUCUUCUGCACCUCCAUCUCGCACACUACGCGCGAUCCCCGGCCGGGCGAGACGCGCGACGUGGAUUACUACUACACGACGAUGGAGCAGUUUGAGAAGAUGAUUGGCGAGGAGGGGUUCGUGGAGCAUGCGAAGUUUGGGGGGAAUAGGUAUGGGACGAGUCGGAAGAUGAUUGAGGAUGUGCGGGGACGGGGGAAGGUUGUUGUGCUGGAUAUUGAGAUGGAGGUAGGUUUAUUCUUCUGUUUUACGGUGAUAUGGGAGGGGAUUAAGGGUGCAGAUUUGAGGGCUAUAGUUUGGGAGGGAGGGGCUUUGCGAUUGAGUGUUGGGGACGUGAGGGCUUCAUGUCUAUCUUACACUCAAGACAUUGAACCCUUGAUUUAGAGACAUAUCUCCUUCUCUACAAGGCUUCUACAAGAACACUUACUAACCACACUCCAGGGCGUAAAACAAAUCCACAACUCCCCCAUCUCCGCACGCUACAUCUUCAUCGCACCCCCCUCCAUGACGAUCCUCGAACAACGUCUGCGGGGCCGGGGAACCGAGAAAGAAGACUCCAUCCAAAAACGACUACAACAAGCCAAGAACGAACUGGAGUACUCCAAGACUGAGGGGGUCCAUGAUAUCAUUAUCGUGAACGAUGAUCUGAAGAAGGCGUAUAAGGAGAUGGAGGAGUUUAUCUUUGCGGCGAAGAAGGAUUGAGUAGAUUUGUAGAGAAAGAGAGAGACAAACAUAUGGGAUAGAGUUGACUGAGUUGGUGUGGAGCUUUAGACGCAUGCAUUCUACCCGUGCAUCAAUCAUGGAUGAUUUGAGAGAGAAUUGGAGCUGAUGAGAAUUGGUGGAAGCGAUUUACAAAGUAUAGACCAAGGACUGAGAUGCCUCUAAAUAUGGGGAGACACGC